CCAUUGGUACACAUCUGAUGUAAUGGGGAGGCCCUCCUCUCUCAGACUCAGCUUAGGGUCUCAGAAUAACUGUUGUUUUUAAUAUUAAUAUUAAGACCCAUUGGUACAUAUCUGAUGUAAUGGGGAGGCUCUCCUCUCCCAGACUCAGCUUAGGGUUCCGGAAUAAAUAUCGUUAUUUAUAUUAAUAUUAUUAUUAACACCCAUUGAUACACAUCAGCUGUAAUGGGAAAGCAGACCUCUGUCAGUACCUGCUUCUUGUUAUUGUUAGGGGCCAAAAUGAAAGGAAGCCGAUGACUGUGUGGUUUUCAUUUUCGUGUGGCCUCUCCUUUCCUACAAAAAUGUCCUCGUUCGUUUUGUGUAGAGGAAUGGUUGAAAUGAAACGCUAGCAGGAAGGAAGCGAAGGGAACAUUUUCGUGCACAUCUCUGGUAGAUAGAUAGAAUGGUAAAGGGAAUAUAAAUCAGUUUUAUCAACAGAGAGGAAUUGCAUAGGAAUCACGUUAGAAUCAAAACUUCAGAUUCCCACUUGGGCCCUGAACAAAAUCGUAGCUUCUGUGCCAAGGAACUUCUGAGUUGGGAAGGGAAGAUCUCCAAUGAAUCACUGCAGUGUCGGAUCAACAAGAGUUUGUUUAGUUGCAUAUCUGAGCAACAGGCUAAAUAUCCCCAUCUCAGCCUAACGGGCUGAAACUCUGGGUGCCCGCGGAGGGAUUGGGAGACAGUGGUCGGGGUCUUAUCAGCUGCGGAUAACAGGUGGACCAAGAUGUUUCGGGCGGGGAGACAUUCUCCGUCAAGAUUCAGAGGUGGCGAGAGAUCGGCUUCAGGGGAGGAGAGGCGGUCGGAGCACAGAAGAAGGCGGCGGGCGCUGUCCAGGGUGCUGGUCCUGGAGGCGCUGCCAGUGCCUUCCCCGGCUCUCCUCGGCGGAGCUUCCCGGCUCGGGCGGCGGUUCUCUCGGUCCGCCUCUCUGCGUAACGACGCCGCGCAAGGAUAGAGAGAGAGAGAGAGAGAGAGAGAGAGAGAGAGCAGGCAGCGGGAGAAGGAGGAGCAGGAGCAGCGAAGGAGGAGGGCAGAAGGAGAGGCAGGCCGAGAGCGAGAGAGCGAGAGAGCGAGAGGGAGGGAGCGCGCGAGAGAGGCGGAGAGGAGCCGGGCGAGCAUUUAAAGCGACAGCCCAGCCUCUGUCCGCGCAGUGCUGAGCGCGGCGUGGAGGGGAGCGAGCGCUCCGACGGCAGGGCUCCGAGAGCGGCUGGGUCUCCCUCCUCCUCCUCCUCCUCCCUCCCUCCCUCCCUCCCUCCCUCGGGGGAAACCUCCUUGGAGACCCUUCCUGGCAGCCCUCCCUGGGACCGGCCAUGCUCGGCGGGGGGCAGUGGGCGCUGCUGGGGGCGCUGCUGUGGGCUGUGGGCCCUUGCGCCCGGGGCCAGGAGACCUACGCGCCCCACUCCAUCCGCCUGGAGGGCGACAUCACGCUGGGCGGCCUCUUCCCGGUCCACGCCAAGGGGCUGGGCGGGGCGGGGGCGGCGGGGGCGGCGGGGGAGGGGGGCGGCCCGUGCGGGGACAUCAAGCGCGAGGCCGGCAUCCACCGCCUCGAGGCCAUGCUCUACGCGCUGGACCAGAUCAACAGCGACCCGGAGCUGCUUCCCAACGUGACGCUGGGCGCGCGCAUCCUGGACACCUGCUCGCGGGACACCUACGCGCUGGAGCAGUCGCUCACCUUCGUCCAGGCCCUCAUCCAGAAGGACACCUCCGACGUGCGCUGCACCAACGGCGAGCCGCCCGUCUUCGUCCGGCCCGAGAAGGUGCUCGGCGUGGUCGGCGCCGCCGGGAGCUCCGUCUCCAUCAUGGUCGCCAACAUCCUUCGCCUCUUCCAGAUACCCCAAAUCAGUUACGCUUCAACUGCUCCAGAAUUAAGUGACGACAGGCGAUAUGAUUUCUUCUCACGGGUGGUUCCUCCAGAUUCCUUCCAAGCACAGGCGAUGGUGGACAUAGUAAGAGCUUUGAGAUGGAAUUAUGUCUCCACGUUGGCUUCUGAAGGAAGUUACGGGGAAAAGGGCAUGGAAUCCUUCAUACAACUUUCCAGAGAGUCAGGUGACCUCUGCAUUGCCCAGUCAUUGAAAAUCCCACAGGAUCGCAAAGACAAGACCUUCGAGUUUGAUAAAAUAAUCAAGCUCCUCCUAGAUACUCCCGGAGCCAGGGCUAUCAUUGUCUUUGCCUACGAUGAGGAUAUAAAGCAAAUCCUUGCAGCUGCAAAAAGAGCUGGUCAAGUUGGGCAUUUUCUGUGGGUGGCAUCAGACACUUGGGGCUCCAAAAUGAGCCCUAUACUUCACCAUGAAGAUGUCGCAGAGGGAGCCAUUACCAUUUUGCCUAAGCGUGCAACAAUAGAAGGUUUUGAUACCUACUUUACUUCCCGUACACUGGAAAACAACAGAAGAAAUGUGUGGUUUGCAGAGUAUUGGGAAGAAAACUUCAAUUGCAAGUUGACAAUUAGUGGAUCAAAAAAAGAAGACACAGAUCGUAAAUGCACAGGACAGGAGAGAAUUGGAAAAGACUCCCACUAUGAGCAGGAGGGGAGAGUUCAGUUUGUGAUUGACGCUGUUUAUGCCAUGGCUCAUGCCCUUCACCAAAUGAACAAAGAUCUGUGCAAUGAUUACUCUGGGGUCUGUCCAGAGAUGGAACAUGCAGGGGGCAAGAAGCUGCUGAAAUACAUUCGCAAUGUUAACUUCAACGGCAGUGCUGGCACUCCAGUGAUGUUUAAUAAGAAUGGUGAUGCUCCAGGACGCUAUGACAUCUUUCAGUUCCAAGCAACAAACACCAGCAACCCAGGCUACCGUUUGAUUGGUCAGUGGACAGAUGAUCUACAGCUCAAUAUGGACGAUAUGCAGUGGGGCAAAGGAGUGAAGAAAAUCCCUACUUCAGUCUGCAGUGUUCCCUGUAAACCAGGAGAGCGAAAGAGGAUUAUUAAAGGGAUGAGCUGCUGCUGGCAAUGUGAGCUGUGUGAUGGAUACCAGUAUCAGGCCGAUGAAGUGAGCUGUAGACUCUGUUCCUACGACCAACGGCCCAACGCGAACCGCACAGGAUGCAGCCCGAUCCCUAUUGUGAAGCUGGAGUGGCAUUCCCCAUGGGCUGUCAUACCAGUCUUCUUGGCCAUGCUUGGAAUUAUUGCCACCAUUUUUGUCAUGGCUACGUUCAUUAGAUAUAAUGACACCCCCAUUGUGCGGGCUUCUGGAAGGGAACUCAGCUAUGUUCUAUUGACAGGAAUAUUUCUUUGUUACAUCAUCACCUUUUUAAUGAUUGCCAAGCCGGAUGUAGCAGUGUGCUCAUUCCGGCGUAUUUUCCUGGGAUUGGGGAUGUGCAUAAGUUAUGCUGCUUUGUUGACUAAAACAAACCGAAUCUACCGCAUCUUUGAACAGGGCAAAAAAUCAGUGACAGCACCCCGUCUUAUUAGUCCAACUUCACAGCUAGCAAUUACUUCAAGUUUGAUAUCAGUACAGCUUCUUGGGGUUUUUAUUUGGUUUGCAGUUGACCCUCCAAACAGUCUCAUAGAUUAUGAUGAACAUAAACCAGUGGAACCAGAUAAAGCCAGAGGAGUUCUCAAAUGUGACAUUACGGAUCUACAAAUAAUAUGUUCUUUGGGGUAUAGCAUUUUUCUAAUGGUUACAUGUACUGUGUAUGCCAUCAAGACUCGGGGUGUCCCAGAGAAUUUUAAUGAAGCCAAACCUAUUGGAUUCACUAUGUACACUACCUGUAUAGUAUGGCUUGCCUUCAUUCCAAUUUUUUUUUGCACUUCGCAAGCAGCUGAAAAGGCCCUGCAGCAAAAAAGAAGUAUGUCAGUUAUAACAACCUGGUUAUCUAGUCCUCUGCAUCAGACGGAGUCAUGGGGGGAUGGAGAUUUUCAUCCAUUCAGUCACCUAACCUCGUGUCGGCCUGUUCCCAAAAGAACUGCAGUGUAUGCACUGUUGGAAGCGCUGAAUGGCCGGGCAGUAUUUUUGGAGGAUUGAAGUAUUCUGAACAGCUGCUCUAUGAAAAUUUCCUUAACUUAUUCUUGGCUUAAUAAGUCACUGGCACUGCCAUGAGGCUGUGAUGUUGGACCUUUUUUCUUUGUUCGGGAGGUAUGAUCUAAAAGCACUGACCUGUGAGUUUAGACCCAACUUCUCCUGGGUGAACUGCAGUUGGUGAUGGUGACUUUCAAGGGGCUAUUUUGUCUUUAUAUGUACUUCCAAACUGCAAGUUUUUGAACUUUCUGUACAGUUUGUGAGAGAUUUUUGCAUAUUGCCAUCUAUGUUUCUGAAGUUUCCCCAUUCAGUUCAAAUGCACCGCAUCAUGCAAGCCCAGUUCUUUCUAACUUUCUCACAUUAACAAACUAAGAAAAAUCCCUGAAAUAAAAAAUGUACAUGACUUGUUAUGAUCAUUAUUGUACCACUUUGAUUCAUAUAUGUUAUUUUUUUAAUUAAAAGAAAAGGGAGAAAAGGAUACUGAAGACCAAAAACUGUGCUGACACAGCAAGCCCCUCACUCUGUUUCCCACCCUGUAUCCACCUCCACCUCAUUUUCUGCCUUUCAUCAUUCUGAUGGCAACAGAGAAAGCAGAACGGAUUGCUGAAUUUUGAUAGAGGUUGUCUUGAUAUUUGGAAUGCAUGCCAGUAAUGUAUUUUACAGUACAUGUUAAUAAUUUAUGUUGGAUAUUUGUGUUUGUGUUUCUAUUUUGUUCUUUUCAUUAAGGUAUAUAACUAUUUUGCAAUAAUUUCAAUAACUCUUAUGGUAUUUGGAAGAAAGAAAAUUGCUUUUACAUGUCUUGAGAUUUUUUUUCUUUGUUGAUGCCCCACUAUUGACUGACCAGUGUGAUUUAAAAAAACAAAAAGAAUUUUAAGGAAAAAAGCAUGUAUGUUUUAUACUGUUUGUAAUAAGUAAUUUCGUUAAUCUUGCUGCUUAUGUGCCAAUUUAGUGAGAACAAUCUUUGCCGCAGAACUCCCCUCUUUCCAUAAUCUCAAUCCUGUGAUAUUGUUCAAGAAUGUAUCAAUAAAACAUUUUGGUUAAAUUUUC